AUGUCAUCGUUGAAUAAAUCCACUGACAGCAAGGAAGAAACAGCUUCAUCUAUUACUAUUCAAGCGCAAUCGACGACAUCGACACAAACUGAAAGCAGUCCGCAACCAUGCCGACGCUUUUGCAUCGUAUUAACGAACAAUCCUCGUAUGAUUCGAUCUGCAAGUCGAACGUUACACAAUGCCACGGUUAAUGUGUCUAAUCAAAAAGUACAAGAACGACAGCGUUCUCCACCACCUUCGCCCUCGAAAUCUCAACAUCGAGAACAGUUGACUCUUUCGAAUGAGCAACAAGUGCCAUUAUCGACACAGUUUUCGGCGAUGAGUAUUACAACGGACAAUGAUGGUGAUCACGAAAAAGAAAUUGAAGAUGAUUUUCGAGCACAAAUCCAAUCCAUUCUUCAGGCAUACUUGCAGAGGACGCGACGAGCAAGUUCAAUUAACUCAAUUUUUGACAUGUCGAAUUGUGUUGAUAAUUGA